GGCCAGUCACGACGACUUACGAUCACCUGCGAACGCCCCAUUUACCAAGAAGACAGUUGGAAUGGUAAAAGCUCGAGAAACUCCAGCUGUUUCCUUCAAUUGGAUAGUCGGCAGAUAAUAGGAGAAUUUCAGCAAGUACCCAAAGGUUUCUAGUACCUUCCGUACAGAUGAACAGAAAGGCUGGCUCGGAUUGGCUGGCCAGGGGCCUCGGGGCCAAGUGAGUAAGCAGAAGGUGAAAGCGUGGGAAAACGGGAUGAGCAUAGGGAAUUUUCUGAGUUUGAGGCUGUUUGACCCCGCUCUUCGCAUCCAUCAGCAGCCUCGGUGCUCUCUGUUCCCUGUUAGAUUUUCUCUUGUCUUUUUCUUUUUUCUUCCAAUGAUGACCAGCAACGGAACCGCUACUGUCAUUCCUUCUGAAGUCGGUUGGCAAUUCGUGCCCCAAUAUUAUAGCUACAUAAACAAGGAGCCGGAGCGUCUGCAUUGCUUUUACAGCAAACAGUCUGUCUUUAUGCACGGUACUGAAGGCGAAGAAGCCAAAACGUGUAAUGGGCAACAGGAAAUUCAUUCCCAGAUCACUUCGCUCGGUUUCCAGGAUUGCAAGAUCUUCAUUCAUUCGGUUGACGCUCAGCCUUCUGCAAAUGGUGGUAUAAUUAUCCAGGUCAUCGGUGAAAUGUCCAGUGCGGGCGGGUCAUGGCGUAAAUUCGUUCAGACCUUCUUCCUUGCAGAGCAGCCUAAUGGUUACUUCGUUCUCAAUGACAUUUUCCGAUUUUUGAAGGAAGAUGCUGUCGAAGGUGAAGAAGCAAGUGAACCAACAGAACCUGAGGCAACUCAAGCAGCUAUCCCAGCCGAACCUGCUGCUGUGGUUCCUGCGGACCCCGCACCCGUCGAAUCUCUUAGAGAACCUACACCACCACCUGUUGUUGAAGCUGCUCCUGUACUCGUUGAGGAACCUACCACUGUAUCUGAAGUUCCCGAGCCAGAACCCGCUCUGGUCGAGCCUGUUUCUCAGCCAAACGGUGUCCACCAUGAGAUCGAAAAGUUGAGUGCGCCGCCAGCACCUGCUGCAGCACCCGUUGUUUCCGAGACACCUAAAUCCCCCGCUCCUCCAGCUGCUCCCGCCGCCGCUCAGACCCCCCCACCGCAACCUUCACCGGACGCUCAACCACUUCCACCCGCUCAACCCCCAGCCGCAGCAACACCUCCCUCUCAGCCCGUGCCACAGCCAGCUGCAGCACCCGCACCGAAGACCUGGGCUCACCUUGCUGCUGCCAACUCGAAAAAGUGGGGUGCUGCUGUUGCUCAAGAGUCACGAGGCACUACCGAAGUUGUACCUAACUCCCCUGCAAGCGGCUCGCAGACACCUCAAGCUCCCGGGACUCCUGGUGGCGCUUCUGGUACUCGUCAAGGAGGUAGAUCACCACAUCCUGCCUAUCAAGCGGCUCAAAGCGUCUCUAUCCCUCAGUGUUUCAUUAAGCACGUCGGUGAAAACAUUACAGAGUCGUCUCUCAGACAAGCCCUCCAGCGUUUCGGUAGCGUCAAGCAAGCUGAGAUUGUGCGCCAAAGAGGUUGCGCGUUUGUCGAGUUCACAAGUGUCGAUGCUGCCAAGCGUGCUAUCAUCGCUUCUUUGACACAGAACGCUGGUGGAGAGGGUGGGGUCAAGGUAGAGGUUGUAGGUGAAAGCCCCGUCAGAAUCGUUGUCGAAACCAAGAGGGAUAGGGGUGACCGAUCUGCGAACACGAGGGGUCGUGGUGGUUCAUCAUUCGGCGACGGUAGAGGUUCUGGAGGUUCUGGAGGAGACCGAGGUUCAUUUAGAGGCAGAGGAGGGCGAGGGCGAGGGAAUGCACCGAAGUAAAAAAAUUAAAAAAAGCCGACUGGUUGCGGAUGGGGAACUUUUACUAGUUUCCCGUCAUGGCCGGUAGUGGUGAGGGUUGUUUCGUGUUAGUGAUCAUUGGUCAUUUUUUGUUUCUGAAUUGGGUCCCUAAAGAAGUCAAACUCGCGAAAGGGAUUGAAGGAGUGGGCUUUUUUUCUACUUUUGAGGGGCUGAGGUACUUGGUCGACAUUGCUUAUGAUUCGUAUGCUCUCUUUAUGUUUUUCAGUUAUGCCUGACUACUUGCCCAGACCUUUUCUUGUUCUUAUGCCUCUGCCGAUUUUCUUGCCUUCGGGCGAUUCACCUAAAAUUUCAUCAGAGGAAAGAGAAAAAUUAACGUAGUUCUCCAAAAGCUCCCUUUGUCGUCAGGGUCAGAUCUUAUCCCUCGUUGACCUCGUUUCCUGCCCAUUUCUUCGGACUCUUUUGUCUGUAGUAUUACCUCCCUGUCUUUCAUUUUUGUUUCCGAAUACUACUCGAUUUGUACCUCGUCGUCAGGUUUCAAACCCUUUCGUUUUUCUUUACGUCUGCAAUGUUACCCGCAUGCCUCUCAUCUACCAUACCUCCUGUACUUUAUUCAUCUCAGUGUUAUCAAACGUUCGCUGUAGUAUGUUUACCCAAAUUUUCUUUCGCACUCUGGUUUAGAAUUUCGAUUUCGGAAAUGCUCUACCAUUGCGGAUAUCUCAACGACAUCCAAUACG